AUGGCCACCUCAGUGCUAGAGCAUCACAUGAAUAAUGCAGCAGUGGAAUUCGUGGACUACUUUCCGUCCAUGAUUCUGCAGCUUGGAGAUGAAGCCUUCCUUGCCGAGCUGUGCAGCGGAUUUCGGCUGCUGAUGGACGUGGAGAAAGGGGUCAUCACGUUCGAAAGCUUGAAGCGGAACAGCCUCUUGCUGGGGAUUCAUGACAUUGGGGAUGAUGAGCUUGUGUGGAUGUUGAUGGAAGGUGAUCUCGACGGAGACGGGGCUCUGAGCCAGUUGGAGUUUUGCAUUCUCAUGUUUAGGUUAAGUCCAGGUCUGAUGGAUGCAGAACCGAAUAAGCAGGUUUGGACGGAGAAUGUUGAUCGCCGUCAUCAUCAUGUAGGGUUUCAGUGA